GUUGUCCGGACCAGGCCAGGCGUCCGCCUCCCCGGCUCCAGGUGCAGGUCCAGCCCAGCGUCAACAUCGACAGCGUCUCCCUCACCAGCCUCAGCUCGGCUGCCUCGCCCUCUCCCCCCUCCGUCCUCCCUGCCUCUGCCUCUCCAGCCCCUACCUCCAGACUCACAGACGGCGGAGGGAAAACAGCCGCUCCGAGUGGAGGAUGAGAGGAAGGAGGAGGAGGACGAACGACGUGUUUCCAGGAACGAAUUUCCUGGCGGUGGCCAACAUCGCUCAGGAGCUUGACGAGGAUGCUGUCCUACCGGAUGCUCCCAUUGAGCUGGAAGGCCAGGCGACUCCUGGAGCUCCUCUCUACCACGGAGCUCCCUUCCCCCCCAUCCCUCCUCGGCCGCUCCCACUCACCGCGCCGAUCCUUGCCACCAUACACCAGCGGGAGAGCAUAGAGAACCGUCUAGUCGACUGGGUUGAGCAACAGGUGAUGGCCCGCGUCAUUACUGAGAUGUUUGCCCGGCGAGCCCAAGGUGACCCAACCGACCAGCCAGAGCCUGCGGAGAGCGAGGCGUCAGAAACAGGGGCGGUGGCCAGUGCACUGGGCCUUCAGCUCUUUCUGGACGACGGCAGGCCAGUGGCCCCGGCUGUGCUCAGGCACUAUGUGGAGGAGACGCUGGCUGAGGUCGUCUCCAGCAUGCUAGGAGAGAGGGAGGCGCACGCACACACCGCAGAGCCCGCAGCUCCCAGUGCUCGGCAACAACCAGCGGCACCAGAGGAGGCUGUGGUGCCCACCCCUGUGCCCACUCCAGAGCCCAGCGUGAGACGGAGCCCCCUAUCCCGCAGUCACACCCAGUCCCCUCUGGACACACCCCAGGCCUCGGAGCAGAGCUCCCCGGAGCAGACACCCCGAGAGGCUGAACCCCAGCUCACCGCUGCAGAAGCAGAACAGCCUCCAGUUGCCACACCCACCAUAACCCCUGUCCAGUCGCCGCCGCGAGUGACCACGCCGUCUCCACCCCCACCCGCCCCUGAGCUGGCCAGCCUGCGCAACAACCCCUGGGGAGAUGCCGAGCUCCCACUCAAAGAGGAGCAGCCUCACAGCGAGAAGGAGCCAGCGCAGCCGACCCCAGUUAUCAUGUCCGUGGCCAGAGAAGAGGAGGCCAUCCUCCCAUCUCCUCCUCCUUCUCCUGCCAAACCCCAGACUCCAGUGCCUCCACCUGCUGCUGCCACUGUAGUGAGGGAGCCCUCUCCUCCUCCUCCUGCUCCUGCUAGUCCUCUCUCUCCCUCCUCCACGGAGGAGAGCAGCUCUGGCGGCUCGCUAACGGAGACGGAGGCCGUUGCCAGACACAUCUCCGAAGGGGAGCUGCUGCUCAGUUACAGCCACAUCGCAGCAGCCAGAGCUCUGGAAGAGGAGGGUCUGAUUUUACCCAACCUGAAUGCCAGUCUCUCCAGCUCUCUCCUGGGUGUUCAGGACAUGGACUAUGACCCGCCUAGUGAAGGUCAGGUGGUCCUGAGACCACACCCACGGUCUCAGCACGACCCAAUCCUGGCUCUGCUGGCUCGUAUGGACCGGGGCCCGGUCACACAGCAGCCUGCUGAGAGGUCCUGGGAGGAGGGCAGCAGUGCAGGUGAGGUCAGUGAAGGACAGAGACCCCUACUGCCAGCAGAGGGAGAGAGCAUUAUGAGUGGCCACUCACUCCUGGAGCCCUCACACACGCACAGAGUAACACUCACGUCACCUGGACAGCUCACAGAAGCAGGUGAAGCCGGGUUGCUGUCCACCGACGGUGGGUUUGGGGCCAGCCCUACUGGGCCGCACACACAGACCUCCAGGCCCGGCGCGCCCCCUCCACCCAGCAGAACUAGCACUGCCAGGGCGCCAUCACCACCAGCGGGCCUCCCACCCAGCUUAGAGGAGGCUCCAGAUCCUUUUGUGGAGCCGUCCCACAGACCCGCUCCUAUCCUGGUGAGGCAGUAUGAGCAGCAGGCCCCGCGGGACUCCCACAGGCCAGACCCGUACCACCAGAAUGGCCACCAGGACUUGGAUGACUUCUUCGAGGACAGAGUUAAUGGAGAGCAAGCCGGUCAGCAGGAGGCGGGAGCUGUCAAGGUGAUGUCCGUCCACCUUCCCUCUGCCCCUCUGGAGGAGAACUCCGCUAGCAUCAGCACUGUAGAGGGAGACACCGACUCCUCCGCCAACGACAUCUUUUAACACGGGACACACACACACACACACUGUGUGACCUCACUACUGCCCAACAUGGGCCCCUCUCUGCUGCCUUCCACAGGCUCCUCUGUCAGGGGCCCCUUGGCUGCAUAGCCAGCAUCGGCUCUGCAGAGGAACGCCCCGAACUUCUCCACUAAUCAUGUGUCUUAACUCAGUCUUAACUCAGGCUCUUUCUCCACGGAGAAAUCAUAUAACCAAAAUCAAUUUUUUUGUAAGCCUUCGUUUUUAAAUUCUUGUCUCAUCUGUGGGUGAAAUUAUUUAUUUUUUUAUUGACUAUUUUAUGUGUUAUCUUCGCCGCUAUGCCUCAAGAGCACGGGUCCAAGGAGACCCGUGUUUCUGAAAUCUGUCUGGUGCAAGAGAGGGUGAGUGUUUGUUUUGAGUGCUCUUUGAGAGAUUGAAAAAAAAUGUUUUAUACUAAUAAAACUUUUAUCUACUGUG